AUAAUCUCGUCACACGUCACAAAAGCGGCUUCGGUGAAACCCACGACACGUACCGUAUUACCGGAAAAUCGCGGGAAGUAAUUGUGUCGAAAUUUCUUAAACCAGCCUCAUUCCUGUGUGAUAGUUCACCAAGUGCAGUUUAGAAGUGCGGAUUUAAGUGUUUUUUGUAUCUAAAAUGAAUCCCUACCAGCAAGGCCAAUCGGGAUAUCCUCAGCAGCAGUAUAUGCAUAAUGUAGGAUUUAACAAUGCCGCUCCGCAGUCGUUCGGCAAUCCUAUGCCUAUGCCAGGCAUGCCAACCAUGGGGUACCCGGCGCCACCUUCAGGGUACCCUCAGUCUAACCCUGGAUAUCCCCAGUCCACAGGGCAACCUGGUUACCCACAGUCUAAUGCUCAAUAUCCAACAUCUGCUCAAACUGGGUACCCUCAACCAGGAGGAUAUCCUAGUGCCAAUCAGGGAUACCCAGGAGCCAACCAUGGCCACCAAAAUGCCAAUCAGGGGUAUCCCAGUGCCAAUCAAGGUUACCCCAGUGCUAAUCAAGGGUACCCCAAUACCCAAGGUUACCCUAGUGCUUACCAAGGCUACACACCAGCUGCCCAAGCGCCGCAAGUGCAACAGGGGUACCCUCAAAGCCACUCUCAGCCCCAUAGCCAACAUGCUUAUGGUCAAUCAAGCUCAGUACCAACACCAAAGUCAAAACCCACGGUAGUCCCCGUGAACCCCUUCGACCCCCGCGAAGAUGCGGCCGUCCUCCGCAAGGCGAUGAAGGGUUUCGGAACAGACGAGAAGGCCAUCAUUCAAGUGCUCACGCGCAGAAGCAACGAGCAGAGGCUGCGGAUUGCGUUUGAGUUCAAGACGCUGUAUGGAAAGGACCUAAUCUCAGACCUAAAGAGCGAAACCAGUGGCAAGUUCGAGGACAUUCUAGUGGCGUUGAUGACGCCACUGCCCCAGUUCUACGCCAAGGAGCUCCAUGACGCCGUGGCGGGCAUCGGCACAGACGAAGACGUACUCAUCGAGGUCAUGUGCACCAUGUCCAACCACGAGAUCCAGGUCAUCAAGCAGGCGUACAAUGCCAUGUACGGAACUCUGCUGGAGGACGACCUCCGCGGAGACACGUCUGGAAACUUCAAGAGGUUGAUGACCUCGCUGAGCAUGGGCAACAGGUCUGAGGAGUUCCAGGUGAACCAAGAUAGAGCGAGAGAGGAUGCCAGGAGCUUGCUACAAGCUGGUGAGCUGCGACUCGGCACGGACGAAUCCGUGUUCAACGCUGUCCUUUGUUCGCGCUCGUUCACACAGCUGGCCGCCAUCUUCCAGGAGUACCAGUUCCUCACCGGCCAUGACAUCGACGACGCCAUCAAGGCUGAGUUCUCUGGCGAUAUGGAGAAGGCUCUUCGUGCCAUCGUGAAAGUGGUCCGCAACAAGCCAUUGUUCUUCGCGGAGCGCCUCCACAAGUCGAUGAAGGGCAUGGGCACCAACGACCGCCAGCUCAUCCGCAUCAUGGUGACGCGCUGCGAGGUCGACCUCGGCGAUAUCUCCGACAUGUUCCAGGCCAAGUACGGCGAGACGCUGCAGAGCUGGAUCGAGGGUGACUGCUCCGGGCACUACAAGAAAACUCUCCUGGGCCUGCUCGGCUUAUAUUAAUCUCUAACGAAUCUACUUUUUAAGCAUCAUUUUAUAAAGAAGAAAAACAUCUGUAUGUUGUGUUACAUUUUAGUAUUACAGGCGUCUACAGAAGCGUCA